AUGGCAUCACAAAUAUUCACCUCCUCUCCUAGUCUCAGAACAUCAAGGAACCAUGAAAAAAUCACGGACACGUACACUAAACUAUGCAGCAAUUCAAAUUGCCUCGUCAACACGGACACCUUCUCUCCAUUUACAACAUCCCCCUUCUGGCAAUGGACCCCUAAAAUUAACACGCAGCUCCUUCAUUUCAAAAAAAACAACACUUUGCAUACAAUAAUCUCAAGAACCUUUAACCACACUCUAUACUCUGAAUACCAGGAUUUUAAUUAUAUUUACACUGAUGCUUCCAAAACUAGUGACGGAGAGGAUUCGCUAACUGUACUAACCAUACUUCAAAACUCUUCAAACUCCUCCCGGAAGCCAGCAUCUUCACAGCGGAAACCCAGGCGAUCAAAGAAGCAUUACUAUUCGCAAUACAACGUUCACAAAUAA